AUGCCUCCUAAAGCGAAGUCGAAGAGGACGUUUAAUACUACCUCUGCUAAGAGAUCAUCCCCAACCACUUCAGAUGAACCUCCUGCCCCCUUUACACGGCCUCCUCCAAAGCUUCAACCAUUCCUAGAGAAGCUCUCGAAGUAUCAUAUUUACAUUGCGCAUAUCGACAAACAUCCCGCAGAUUUCAAAAAGAAGAUCUUCUUGGUUCCGGUGCUUAUGAAUGUUGCAAUUGUUGUAGGACUCCUAUGGCGCGCUUCUACUGUCUUCCCCUUUUACAUGAAGAUUUGUUUUUCGAUGAUGGGGAAUUACAACGAGACGACCAUUCAAACUCAUAAGAUACCAUUGAAUGAUACAGGAUACGAGAUUUUACGUCGUGCUUCAAUAUUUAUGAUCGAUUUACUUCUAUAUAUUUUUGUUUGGCCAUGGCCUCGAGAUUUCUUUCUGGGACGAACAAUCGGUAACCCAGUGUCAUGGAGAUUAGGAGUAGGUUUCCGCGAAAGUGAGAUUGUUGUGCGCCGUAGUAGAAAAUGGGAUCAAACAAUUGGGGAUUUCUUGAAGGAAGAUAAUGAAACUGGGAAAGAAUUAAUGUCAUCGAAUGUCAGAAAGGCGAUUGAGCCAUUAUGGUUGUCACAAAAGACCGGAUAUUUGAUGUUGAACAGAGAAUGGGAUUUGGAUUGGAAAGCUAUGAUUCAAGCUACAAAAAUGGUGGAUAAGAAGACUAUGGAUCUUCAAGAUUUCAAGACGACUGUCUUCGCAUGGCACGCAGCUUAUGGAUGGAUGGUUCAAACUGAGGCUCCUAUCGACCCAAAUAGUAAGGAAGAGUUGGGAAGGAAGAAAAUAACAACUUUCAAGGAUGAAUUGACAUUGAUGGGGAAGGAAAACCUUUUCUUCAAAUGGAUUGAAUUGGUUCAGUUCGAAUCAUCGAAACCGGAAGGAUUUGGUCCUGAACAGCAAAAGAUCACAAUGGAGAAGGCCAAAGUAAUGUUCGAAUCACAAGGAGUCGACUUUGAAGCAUUUUGGGAAAAGAUUGGUGGGACUGAAGGGCUUCCUGGAAUGGAUUGA